CUUAUCGAUUAUUGUUCGUUAGGUAUCUAUCUGCCUCUUUAUUGAAUCUACAAUCCCCAUCAUUCAUCACCCAACCAAAAUCCGAACAGACCAUUACGAAGUACCCAGGAAUCGAGGACCUAAUUUCGCACCGUGUGCUCAUCAAUAAUCUCACCCAACCUCACCCUCCCUGUGAACAGCCUUAGGCCACCCUCACCCUUCGACCACAAAAUGCUCUCCCAAACCGACGUAGACCACCUCCGCCGGUGCGUCGCCCUCGCAACCGAGGCCUGCCACGAAGGCGACAGCCCCUUCGGCUCCAUCCUGGUCUCCUCCUCAGGCGAAAUCCUACAAGAAGACCGGAACCGGACCGUCACCUUAGCGGACCCGACCCUGCACCCGGAGUUCACGCUCGCCAGGUGGGCGGCGAAGAAUCUCAGCCAGGACGAGCGCGCGAAAGCCACGGUCUACACGUCCGGAGAGCACUGUCCCAUGUGUGCGGCGGCGCACGCGAAUGCCGGGUUGGGCAGGAUCGUGUAUGCGAGUUCGUCGGCGCAGUUGAAGUUGUGGAGGGAGGAGUUGGGGUUGCCGAGGUUGAAGGUUAGCACGUUGGCUAUCAAGGAGGUGGCGCCGGGUUUGGAGGUUGACGGGCCGUGUGGGGAGUUGUGUGGGGAGAUUAGGGAGUUGCAUGUGCUGAGGGCAGAGAAUGAUGCCAGGAAGGGUGUUCCAUAGAGAUUGCAAGGAAAUUUUACUUGA